UUUUGUUUUAUGUUGGCCGUAUUGAUUCGGUUGUCAACAACUUCAGAGUGGAGGUGCGAAGUGAUUGCGCGUAGUGUUAUUGUUUUGUGGAAAAAAUUGUGAAACCUAACUAAAUUCUAUUCGUUUUCCCUAAUAUUUCAUUACAGUUCUUACCUUUGUUCUUAUAUGUUAAUUUUCUAUGUGGAAUAUGUCAAUCUUAAGCGCGAUAACACUGGUUGACAUCGGCCAGGGCCGCCACCAACCUGGCUGCGGCGACGCGCGUCCGCUGUGAGCAGUUUCGUAGCGACUCUUUGCGUAUUGGCCACAGCGGGGAGAAGGCGCCACGUGUGGGCCUGCGUACAACCGGGGGCGGGCGCUUUGCGCCGCCCCAACACUUAAUUCAUACCCGCCAAAUGGUUUAUUGACACCGGGGAAGAGUAAGCGUGAUGUAGCGGCGGACCCGCACAUCAUCGCGCCGGACCCGUUCGCAUCAGACGAUCGUUUAGAUGACCUCACACCCGAUGAUCUGUUCUUACUGACCACGUGGGUGGAACCGGACACGAUGAAUACGGGUGAAGCUGAACCAUCGUCUGGUUUAAAUGGAAGGUUGAGACCGAGAAAAUCUAUCAUACCUAGUCCUAAAACUUCUAAGAACACUCGCAAGCCCGAUACCAAACCAGCUCUGGACAGACCCAAAAGAACCAGCACACCGUCCAAAGCGUCUCCAAACAAAUCAGAUGAUCUCACUGACAAGGCUGACUCACCCGCCACGCAAACUCUCUGCCCCUAUUGCGAUAAGACUUACUUCUCUAAGCAGGCCCUCUCCAACCACGUGCGACGCACGCAUCUCUCCGCGGCGAAACACGACAGCGCGCUCGGCUGCCUCUUCUGCGGCCACGGCGAGGCGGACGCCCGGGACAUCAUCCGCCACAUGGUCGAUAGCCAUCCCAACCAAUACUUCGCUUGCUCCGACUGCCACACCAGGUUCCCGUCGACGGCCGAGCUGGCCGAGCACAAACUCAACGUUUGUGAAAAACAAAAGUUACCAUAUCGUAACAAAUUGCGCCAAAAAGUAACACCCAAAAAGAGUCAAAAGAAUAUCACCGGACGUAAUGACUUCGAGAAUGAUGCUAAAGAUUUUCCUAAAGAGCAAGGUUUUAACGGUAUUGUAAUUUCCUGCGAAGUGAAAUCUUCGCACUUGCACGACCUAGCCGACAUCGAGGAUAACAUAACUACGAAUUUCAUUUUGCCUCCCGGCAAGAACUUAGUUAAUGGCGCAGUCGUCGAGAAAAAUGCAGUUAUCAUCUUAGACGAUUUACAAUGGAGUAAGAGAGGUCCACCGAAUUUUUCCUUUCAAAACACUGAUGCCGACCAAAUACUCUCCAGAUUAGGAGUCGUCCAUAGAUCCCCCAGAACCGGGGAAUCCACUGCCAGGGAAUGGUUGAAAAAUAAUGAUGACUCUCAUCAAAAAUUUGAAAAGUGUUUUGAUACGAGUUUUUAUUCAAAAGUUGCUAGCAACGUUCAAGAAAAUUUAACCAAGUUUCUCGAUGGUUCUUGUAAUUUCAAUCCUGACCCGGAGAACACGAUAAAAACCAGAAAAGCUAAAAACAUCGUUGCGAUCAAUACCGUAGAAGGAUUUCCAAUACUACUGGCAUGCGAGCAGUUCUCACGGCACGGCUUCGACGGGUACAUGCCGCGGGCCAUAGCGCCCAAGCACAAAUGGAAAUGGGACAACCUGGAGAACGACAAGAGCCUCAUGAGCCCCGAGCAGCUCAAACGCGACUCGCAUACCAACAAUUGUAUCAUAUCUCUGGUCUCCAGCCUAGACAUAUGGACUCAGCUGUGCAUGAGGCGUAAAUAUGAAAGCAAGUUUAAUAAAUCACCAGUACAAAAGAAGACUGAAAAGCAAAAAAUUAUUGGUAAAGAAUUGAAAGAAAUACUCGAAAGCAGAGAAUUGCCUGCGUCGACAUCUCAGGUGGUCAAGUACACGGGGCCUCCAGCGCCGGGCCGCUCGCCUGCAGAGUUCCCCGCCUCCCUGGGCCUGGUGCCCACCGCGCCGAGCUUCGACCUCAAGCCGGCGGUGCUGAGCGGCGAGUGGGUCCGGCCCCGGUGCUACGUGUGCUGCGCGUGCGGCGCGCAAACUCACGACUCCAAAGGGCUUUCCUCGCACAUAUCCGCGGAACACCCGAAUGCUCAGAUACAGCACUAUGAAAUCGUCGGAGAUGUGCUUCUGAACUCCGAUAUAUUGAAACACUUGUAUGUGCCUCCGAGUCAGGUGAACAAUCGAACUCGCCCUCUUCGAGGAUUCAGGGAGUGCACUAAGUGUAGAAAGUCCAUUUCGAUAGAAGAUUUACAUCAACACAUGCUAGAUUGCGCGGGGGACACGCCUGCAGUUCGUAGGAAAUGCAGGCAUCGUCCGUUCGGAGUCCGCAAGCGACGGCCGCGCCUUCCGGAUAACACGAUUCGCAAGAAAAUACGCAAGGACAUUAGAACGCGACACAGUCGAAAAAAUCAUUUGAGAUCCAGGCCGAGGAUAAGAACCGAGGUCGGGGAUGCUGAAACCAUACGAAAAAUGUUAGCCGAUUUACCUGCUAAACGUCAUCGCGUUAUGGUAAAACCCUUAAACCCGACAGUCCGCCCCCGAAGAAAUCUUAAACAAACAAGAAAUAAACUAGUUAUGAAGAAAAGAAUGACUGAAGAAACCAAAAAUUCCCAAAGAGAGAGUUCGUCCCAAGUUACUACAGCCAGUGCGGGUGCCGAAGGUUCCAAGAAGCAUCCACGCGCUCCUGACGACCGCCCUCCCGGAAGACCGUUUAAGACCACAGCAAAACGUGUAGUAUCCAAAAUAAUACGCAAAAACGAUUCUUUCAAGAAAAAUACUGUAACCAAAUCAAAAAGAAAAAUCGUCCUUCAAAAGGACCCAAAAGUAAACGUCUCUUCUGUAGUGGAAACCCCUCCAACAGACAAUGGGAAGAACAGUGUGCAAGUAGAACAAUUAUCUAUAGAAAACAACCCUGAAAGAAUUAAUAUUAGUGAUGGUUCUUACAAUACCAGAGGGCACAGCAGCCGCUCUAGCAAUAACUCAAAUAAUCGAGACAAUCAAAGCCCUGAUCCUAACAAUGGCCAGAACAGUAACUCACGAGAUUCCUUUGCUCCAUCGCAAAAUGUCCCUUUGAAGCAUUCAAUUGCCAGUCUGACAGCGAGCUCUGAAACACACGAUAAAUCUGUUCAAUUUCAUCAUUUAUUUUUAGUCCAGCAAGAAUGCAACAACCUUAACCAACAUUUGCCAGCAGGACAAAGAAUGCUUUUUGAAAACGAAGCAGUUGUAACCAAGUUGGAUAAACCGCCUUUACAUUUUAACCAUCGCCGACCCUUAGAUCUCCAAGCUUAUCAGAAAAGUAAGCUAAAUAAACCAAGAAAGGGGUUAAAUGAUUGUAUAGCGAUGUUGAAGAAUAAAUUAGUGGAACCAAAUACAAGCACAUUGCCAGGCCAUGUGUCUGUUCAGUGCGGUGACGAUGAACCUUUGGAUCCAGAGCCGAUUGUUGCUGAGCGACGACAUUCUACGACUGAAUUGAACGCAGAUUACACGCAAAGAUCAGAUUUUGUUCAUGAACAUAUUCCAAAGAAAGCUGUAGAAGAAAAUGCGCAAUCUUCAGCUAGCAAAAGUAGGGUGACCCGAAGGUCUAGCUCGACACGACAUGGACUUAGUUCCCGUAGCGACAAAGCGGCAGAAAUUUUAUCUAGUGACGAAUUGAUGCAAUGGAGGCAGUUUUACUAUGAUAGUCAAAUGCUGACUGCUCAGAAUAUUACCGAAACUUAUACGAAACGUGAAUCUUCUCGACGUCGAAAUUCUCUCGUACCCACUGAUGAUCUAUUGCUUCAACAUGCUAUGAAUCUAGACUUAUUAAGUAAAAGCAAAGAAUUGACGAAAUUGGCUGAAUUUAAUCCUUAUCCUAGUGUAUCAACACACCAUAACACGCCUAAGAAAAAUAAUCGCAGAGAUAGCCAGAAAAACAAAGCAUCUACCAAUGUUCAAUCUACAAGGUCUAAAACUAAAGAUAAUGGAACGACGCGUGAAAAAAAUAUAGAAUUGAAUAGUAAUCAACCAAACAAACAAACCAAGCAAAGUAACCGCAGUAAAUCAGUUAUAAAUUCCUCAUCUAUUAAGAGAAAUUCUGAUAAGAAUAAUACAAAAAGUGCCCAAUCAUGUAAUACAGUGGCCCCUCCAGAAAAACUUAUUGAACCUUAUACUCAAGGAGCUGUAGCAGAAGAUACAACGGCAAACUUAAACAUUGAAAAAAGAAUAUCGCCCGUAAACAGGUCGUCGGAAGAACAUCGAUCACAGACUUUAUCACGUAACACGCCUGUUGUAGAAUACACGAGUAAUCGUGAUAUUCCUCACACUCAUUACACUGUGCAGCACGAUGCUGCCCGUUCAGGUCCUUUGGAUUUAUCAAAUAAGAUAACGAACAAAAAAGAUUCGUUUCAAUAUGUUCCACAGGAACAAUUUCCUGUCGUGGCGUACGACACCUAUGAGACAUUAGAUUUAUCUAAUAAAAAUUUAGGAACAUUGCCUGUCCGAGACACGCAGCUAAGCAGUGACGAUGUCGUAGAUUUGCGCAUUAAUUACGCUCACGCAUCUCUUCAAUCGAGGUACACACCGCUGAUUCCUGAAUUAGUUAAUACCGAAGUAGAAGAUGACAAUGCAACUGAUUUAUCCGUAAGACGCGACGAAGAUUUUCCCACUGACUUAUCAAUGAACAGAAGAGAUUACAGUACGCCUAGUAAUUCCUAUGAGAAAACGGCAGAAGGUCACGGCCGUUCACCGAUAAAUUAUAUUCGAGAUUUUUCCAACCCGAUCAGGCACGUUGAAGAUAGGUGUAUUAUUGUACAUGAAUAUUUUGACGAAAAUUCGGAAAGGAUUGUGGUGGUCGAAAAUGAAGUGCCCGCUGACUUUUCAAGUAGAAGAAGCUUGAGUAGAUCUAAUAUGAGCAUCAUGGAAGGACCGAUGCAUCUGAAUACAUAUGCAAACAAUGCAGAAUCUAAUGAUGAAAAUGUUCCGGCUGAUUUGUCUGGAAAAAGUAGACCAUUUAUGCCAACCAAUGGUGCCACUAUUACUAACACGGUUUGCAAUUAUGAUAACUAUGAUACCCAACAAGCGCCACGUUGUUUGAGUUCUGAUCAAAUUAUUGACUAUCGCUUUAAUCGGCCAAUACAAACUCCUUCAGAAACCAAUUUCACAAGACCAAGCACUCGAAAGUCAAUUUCCUAUGGUGAACCCUCAGUACAUUUCGACACAACAUUGAACACAGCUUUGAGAGCUUGUAUAACACAGGAUUUAUCAGCCCAUGACGGUUCAGUGAACAAAAGUAAAAACUUUGAACAAAUCGAUUACUCCAACUCCGAAGUGCCGUUAAGUUUAGUUUCGAAAUCAGCUAUCGAGAGUACGACUCGCAACUCUUCACGUAUUUCGAAAUCGAAAAAAACAGAAACUGAGAUGACUGCCUCAGCUUACACUACAGCGAACAUUAGUGUUCCAGUUUCAAUUACUGAACCUAUAUAUACAAGUGCCACAGUGGUUUCAACUGUAAACACUCUCACAGCUAGUAAAAAUAUAGAAACAUUAAAUAUAACAACGGAGAGUAAUGAGACACAUUGCACUGAAUUAUCUGAGACACACGAUCUGUCAUCCGAUGAUAAAAAUUCAGAAUCAAAAAAGUUACCAGUUACCAAUACUCUGACUACAACAACUUCUACAAGGGAGACAGAUCAAAGAAAACCAGAAACAGUUAAUAUUAGCAAUAGUACUGCAAAUUCAGAUCAAGAUCCUGAAACUGCCAGAAAAAUCGCCUUGUUACCAAAAGAGCUUGUGGAGAUAUUGGGAACUAUGCCUGUUGAUCAUCGAAACCAACUUUUGAACGUACUACCCCAAUACGUAUCGACAUCAACGUCGCCCGUAUCUCAUACUAAAACAGUCGAAGGCGUUACUUGCAACUCGGGAUCUGCGGGAAAUAUAGUUAAAGCAGUUAAUCAAGACACAAAAGAGUUUAAGUUUGAGGCUAAUUCUGAGGAUGGACGUGUGAAUAACACUUUUUCUCCAUCUUCUAAAAACUUUCAAUUUUCUGAAUCGUCACCAAUUUCUGUGUCAAGUUCGAUACUUUUGACACCGCCAACUCCUCAGCUGUCCGAACGAUAUUCACUCCAGUCUCAAGAAAGUAGUGAAAUACAGAUGUAUAACACGAGAAAAUCCCGUGCGUCAAUCGAGGAACAAACGCCUUCAACGAGUGUUGAUUCAAACAAAUUAAAUGUUGGCUCAAAUAUGCUUGCUGUGAAAAGGUUAACAAACACCAUUGAUAAGAAUGACCCAGAUAGAGUGAUUGAUUUAACUGUGGAUGAAAAUUCGUCAGAAAAUACAGAAUCAACAAAUUUAGAAUCUGUUAUUCACACAAAUAUGAUCAAUGUAUCAACUAAAGAUAUAGCUUCGACAGCAGUUAUUUCUAAGUCAAAGGUACAAAAGACGAGCAGUGACAAAACUGCGAGCUUAAGGGCAGUGCGUAUUAAAACACCCUCCGAAAGACAUCGCUCUAUGGUGUCAGAAAAUACAAUGGUCAGCAAACAAAAUAAAUCGUCCCUUACUAUUAAUGUACAAGAUGACACUAGCAAAGAAUCUGAAAAUAUUAGUCCUAUGGCUAUUCAACAAGCUGAAGUUAGUAGUACGCAGCAUCGUCCCGUACUAAGGACAUCUGAAACACCCAUGGAAUCUCCUACUGAGCAACAUCUCAAGACAGAGAAAUUGAUUGAAAAGAAAAACAACGACGAAGUUCCCACUGUAACCGAUAAAACAAAUUUAGUAACCUCUACCCUUUCAAAAGAUAUGAACUCGAAUUUUAAUAAUGAAUGUCCCACUAUCGUUUGCAAUAACAAUUCUACUUUAACUCCAGGAGAAACAAUAAAUGUCUCAUCUUCAAAAGGAUCAUAUAGUGACUUUGAUAUAAAUGAUAAGACAAAAGCGAUUCACGACGUGCCUCCGAAGGAAAAUGAUAUAAUUGAAAAACCAUCGUUGUUCAAUACUCCUAAAGAUUCUACUUUGAUAGAAGAUGAUGACUCUGAUGAUGAUAUUUCACUAGCUGUUAUAGUAAAGCAAAAACAGAAAGAUUCAAAUUUAGUUUCUAAUUCGAACCAGAAUACAAAAAUUGAUGUUGAAAGAAAACUAUCAGGAAAUAAAAAGAAAAGAAAAGCGAAGAAAAUCAGUAAAUCUAAAGAGAUUUCUAGUGAUAAAUCUUUAAUAAAAGAUAAACUCGAAUUUACCAAAAGUACACCUACAGCUAUUGUUAGCGAAAUUAGUUUAAUAAAUAAGGAACGCGUAUGUAAUGAAAGCAAUUUAAUUGAUAAGAUAUCCCAUGGUAAGAAGAAUUCUAGAAAAGGGAGACGCCUUAACAAUGCUCAAAUUAUCAAAUACUCGGAUAGAAAAGAUCAAAAUAAUGACAAUAAAGCUUACGAAAAUGAAAUUAAUAAAGAAAACAAUGUUUCUUCUGACAUAAUUAAAAAUACGGAAUCUACUGAAGAAUUAUUUAAAUUAAAAACUAUUGACCAAGAACCUAAUUUAUCUUCGUCUAAUACAAUAGUAAAUACCGAAAUUAAUAACAUAGACUGUCUAAAUCCUCCAGUAAAGAAAGAUAAAAGUAAGAAAAUGUUGGAAAUACAUACAGCAUGCGGCCAAUCCACCAACGAAAUUUCAGAAAUCAAUAAAGUUGUCAGUGAAAAAAGUGACCCAAGACAGAAUGAUUCAAAACUUAAGCAGUCUCAAAAUCUUUUAAAUUCUUCUUGUAUUGAACAAUCCUUACCACAACCUCAGGCAGGCACUGAAACUGAAUCAGUAUUAAGCACUGCAGAGGUAUCCGAAAACCGUAAUGAAAUCAUAGAGUCCAAGAGCGAUGAUCUUAAACUUCAUUCCUUGAAUAAAACCGAUAAAUCAAAAGACUUAAGUGGUGAAAAAUGUACGAAAAGUAAGAAAGUUAGUAUCGAAAUUUGUGCUGCUACUAAUAUGAAUUCUGAGAUAGAAGAAACAAACGUAACACCAUUACGUCGUAGUAGACGUGGCAAAUCAUUAUUUAUUGAUAGUAACUCCACUACGACUGUCAAUCCUGCUUGUCGAGAUAAUGCUAAUGAACAAAGAGCUCCACUUACUAAAAAACAAUUAAUAUUUUCGAAACUUUUAUUGGAUGAAAAAAACCACAACAAAACAUCUUUGAAUGUUGGUCCAGUGAUAGUUGAGAAAAACCUCCAUAAAACGCCUUCAUAUACUAACCCAGAAAAGACGGAAGGCGCCUUCAACAAAAUGUCUUUAAAUAUUAACCCAAAAAUGGUCGAAGAAAACUCUAGUAAAUCUUUAACAGUUCCAAUUCUAAACGAAAACAAAAAUAAUUUAGCUUUAUGUAUCGCUUCAAAAAAACAAAAAGAUCAAGAUUUGGAAACUCAAACAGAUUCGUCGGCAGAGUGUGACAGUAGUAUAGUUAAUGAGAACUCUUCUGCAAAGAAAAAUACGAAUACACGAAACACAACUAUCAAUAAACGAAAAAUAUCCCCCCAAUGUAAAAGAAAAUCAAAAAAGAAAAAAUCCUUACGUAAUCAAACUAAGUCUGAGGAUACCGAUGUAGAGUUACAACAGAAAGUCAAUACAGAAAAUGAAGUAAAUCAGAAUAUAGUAGAAAAUAAAGAAACACCCUUGAUAAUGAAUGAUUUGGUUUCUGAAAUACCGUCUAAGAUUAAUGAAGAGUUGGUUAAAAAAGAUACGAGUGAAGUAAAUGUUGACUGUAUAAGUUCACCUACUAAUUUGGAGUCUCCGAAUAUAAGUCCAAAACCUUUGCCAAUUGAAAAAAGAAAAUCCUGUUCUCCAGUAAGACAAGAUUCUUUGCAAAGUUCGAAGCCAAAGAAAUGUAAAUUAAACGAUGAAAAUGAAAGUAUCGUAGGUGCAAUUAGCAGUAAAGAAGAUGAAACGGGAAGUACAGUAGAAUUAAAAAGUCUUGAAAACUGUGUAGUACCUGCGAAAAAUGUUACUUGCUAUAACAAACCAGCUAGACGUGCACGUUCUAAAUCUGUUGUUGUGAAAUCUUCUGGCGCCGAUUUUUAUGAUCCUUAUGACAUUGACUUGGAAGAUAUGGUAGAUAAAACAGAAAGAAAAGAAAUAUCUGCUAAAAUGAGUUUUAGUUCUUUUAAAUCGUCAAUCGCAGCUAAAACACGAAAAUUAAGCAAAACAACGACUGCUAUAAUAGACAUAAAUACUAAUGUUUUGGUUGAUGAUAACGAAAAAGUACCUGACCGUAACGACGAUAACAUUGGUUUUCACAAAAACACUCUUCUUUGCACAAAAGAUGGUAGUAGUGAUUCUGACGAUUCAUCAAAAAGUGAUGUCCCUCUAAAGAAAUAUGCUGAAGAGAAGGAGAAAAAAUUGGCUGAAAUGUCACUUACGAUGGGUCGCAAUAAAAAUCGUAGUGAUAAUAUUGAUGAAUCUAACGAGAAGUGGCAAGAUAAAUCGAAGGCAAGAAAAAAGCAUGAUCGAUCUAUUUCAGUAAAUAAGAAAGAAGAAAAAAUUGCAGAUGAUAAAAUUGAUAGUGAAAAAGAUCUUCGAUCUGAACAAUUUAUGGAAAGCUUUGGAUUCUUUUCUGAAAGAAAACCACGUAAAUCUAAUUUGCUUGCUACGAAAAAAAUAUCCGAAACAUUCCAUAUUAUAGCUAAUGAUAGUGACGAUGUUUAUUUUGCGACAAAAGAUCGUGGUAGUAAAAAAGGAUCAGCUGAUAAUAGAAAGGAAGACACAAAAAAUUUGAAAGGAUCUUCGGUUUCACCAACAAAGAAACCCGCGAAGCGUGUUAGAAAAAAGAAGAGUACAACUCCUGAACAGCUUGAACCAAGAUUUUGCACCGUAUGUAAAAAAGCAUUUCGUAGAUCUGAUAAUUUCUUGAGACACCAAAUGACUCUAUAUCAUGUAUCUAGGUUAUGUGAAGUAGAGUUGAAAGUUAAGGCAGUAAUAAUUGAGGAAGAACCAAAUUAUUUAAUAGCGUAUAAACAACAGUUAGAAAGGUUAAAGUUAUUACAAGAUAAAAUAGCCAAAAGAAAAAAGAAUAGCUUACCCACUUCUGAUAUUGUUUUGCCAACAUUAGAAGAAAUUCUAGCCGAUGUCAAAAGGACAAUCCGGGAACAGGAACUGUCUCGACGGGAGUUAAGUAGGGACGAGGCGCUAUUUGUAGAUUGCUGUGAAAUGUUAAAACAAUCACAUAAAAAAGAUAUUCUACCUGAAACUAAACGAGUUCGACUAUGUAACAGUUUUAAUUGUCCGCAGACAAGUGAGGAUCAGUUGGCGUUAUUGGAAAAGAGACUUGACGAUACAUGCGAAAUUAAAAGUGACGAAGAUAUGGAUGCUAUCACUGCGAAAAAUAUAUUAGAAAGUGAUGAAGUUCGUAAUUUAGAAUAUGACUUGAUAUCUAAUCUUAAAGAAGCCAAUGGUCUGAAAGGAUUUGCUAGGCUUCGAAUACACUCGUCGGACGAGCUGACAGGAAACGUUUCAGAAGUAUUGGCUUCUACAUCUAACUAUCAAAAAGAUUUUAACUUUGAAGCUACAGAAGAUUCAGUCGCUACCAAGCCCAAAAGACACCCUGAAGUAAAAGAUAAAAUGUACCCGGACCUGUAUGAUAACAUAGACAUGUUUGAAGACAAAUUUGACAAAAUCAAAAGAAAAUGUAGAUCUCAAGCGGCAGCCGCGAAGCAAAUUCAGACACAGGUGGAUCCUAAUCUGAGUCACAAAAACCAGAAGAAGUCCGAUAGAAAGAAAGGAAAGAAAAGCUCUAAAAAAAGUCAAAACAUUGUGCCCACCAAAGGAGCUCUGAAAGGAUUCGACGGCAUAAAGGUUUCAAUAUUAACAUCGGACAUCGACAUGUCUGCAAUCGUCCCUCCCGUAGGAAAUUCGUUUAAAAAGAAGAAAAAGAAUACUUCCAAAAGAAAAAGAGAGCGAAAGAGUUCCGACGUGAGUAGUAAAUCUGACAGCGAUCAUGUAACUAAAGACUCAUCUCAGAGAAAAGUGGACGUAUAUGAAUUCCUAGACACAGAAGAUGCUGAAUUGUUUGAAUUCAGACCGUCCACUUUAAUGGAGAGAUUUAAAAGCAUAAGUAAUAAAGAAACGCCAAGCACAUCGAAGUCGUAUUCGAACGAAUUGGCGCAUUCCUCCAGUGAAAGUGUAUCUGACGGAGACGACUUUGUGUAUAUGGACGACUUGCUGUUCAGCGAGGACGAGACCGAGAAUAGUGUGCUCUCGUGCGAGAUAGGGUGCGGGAAAGGCAACAACGAGACGAAGAAAGCGUCGCCGCUCAAGAGGAAAGAUGUCAUCGAGAAGAACGCGGUCAUGGGCAAAAUAUUCAAGCACAAUGCAGUUCGUACCGAUAAAAAGAACACUAAACAUUUCGCGAAGCCUAAAGCUAAUCUCGAUCAGUUGUUUGAUAGUUUACUUGAAAAUGAGCCUAAAGAACAAUCGAAGGAUGAAGCACCUCCUAAAGAAGAUACUCCGUCUGCUAGCACGUAUUGUAGUCUGUCGCCGAAAAGGAAGGAGACCGUACAGUCGAAACGUGACGAGCUGCCUCCCGUCGUUCUGUCGAGGAAACCCGAGCCCAGCAUGGCCGUGACUCCUUUCGAAGAAUUAAUCAGUCAACGAAACGCACAUAAAUAUGAAUCCGCAAAAGAAUACACUCAGCUGAACCGCGCGAAUAAAUCGAACACUCCAUUCGGCAAGUACCGAGACACAGGCGUGGCCGAUGACGACGAUUGCAAAUCCAAGUAUCGCGAUUCGCACGACGAGGUUCUGCACUCGCCUGCGAGAGACGGCGAGGACGAGGCUUCGGAGGCGGGCGGCGUGGCGCGGCAGCGCGCGCGGCGCAAGUGCGCGGUGGGCAAGCAGAACGUAUUGGCGGAGACAUGGAGCUCGGAGUCGGAGCCGGACGCGGCGCCGCGGCCCACUAGCGCCGAGUCGGUGCUCGCGGCGCACGCGCGGCGCCGUCGCGCGCGGCGGCGCCGGCCCGCGCCCAGCGCGCGCACGCGGCCGCCGCCGCUGUGCUGGCCGGGCGACGCCGCGCCUGAGCACCCGCAACAGCACGGCUGGAUCGUGGGCGACAGCCACAAGAAGCUCGUCACCAUGCUGGCGCACGCCAAGGGCCGCAAGCGCAGCCACGACGAGCGCCGGCCGCUGCUCGAGUGAGCGCGCACCUCGCCUGGCCCAUUGUAAAUAUCUUGUACAUAAUAUUUUAGCUCUUUAUCAAUGUCACUUUUUAUGACAUUUCGACCAGAAGUUUAAUCUAAACUUUCUUUAUGUUCCGUUUUGUACAUACUGUAUAUCUUUUAUAUUAUAUUUUUAUUGACCCAGCUUGCAUUGCAAUCUUAAAACAUGAGUAAAAUUAGAUUUUUUUUAUAUAUUAGCUAAUUAUAAUAUUAUAUUAUUAAUGUGACUUUAUUUCAAUCAUUUUGAUUCGAAUGAUCAUGUUAUUUUUAAUUUAAAAUGGACGUUUAUUAGAAAUGUUUUAUAUCCAAUGAAAAGUUUAUUCGAGGGGAUGCAAGCAUAUUAUCUCCCCACGAAUCGGGAGCUAAGAGAAUAGGCGUUCGUAGAGUUAGUCAUAGAAUAUCAGCGCUAAUUUAAUGUGUCUAAUAGAAAUCUUUCCAGAAUAUAUACACUAUCAUGUUAUCAGUACCAGCGCUUUCGUAUGUGUUAUACUUUAUCUACAAAAACUAUUUUUAAAUUUUUUUUUUGCCGCGUGAACCCGACGGCCAAUUUUACGAAUUGCAAUUUACAUUUUACAUGGUGACAAAAACGCAAACAUUUAAGAUUUUGUUAUAAGACUUUAUAACGUUUGAAAAUAUGUUGGCUUUAAUAUAAUUUUAUUUAGUUAGGUAUAUUUUUUAAGAUACAGCGUCAUGUAAAUAAGUUAGAUGUGAAUUCCACUAUUGAAAUAUAUGAUAUAAACUGAAAUCGAUGUGUAAAUGUGUAGUAAACGCCCUUACCCUUCCGUGCGUGGUCGGUUAACAGGCGACCUAUCGAUCGACACUCCCAACUGUUGUGUGGUUACAUUUCUUGUAUUAUAUUAGUUGUAUUGUACUUGCAUGACAUUUGGAGAAAUGCGGAUAUCAUAUUAUUAUUAUCGACGAAGACCUCUGAGCCGCCAGACCUUAUUCUGAGAAACAAAAUGUACGGGAUAGAGUAGCGUUACUGUAACUUACGCAUUAUAUCUACUAGCUUGGGUCGAUGGCCAAUUUAAAGCUAUCAGCUGCUAAACGUACAUUACUGACUUUUCUUAGACUGAGUGCUGGUCUUUAUGUAUGCUUCUUAAGUAUCAUAGUAUAAAAAUUACGACUCGAGACUACAACAAGUACAAGAUUAAAUCCGACAUUUUUUGCGAGCUUUAAAGCUUCUGGUGGAAAUAUCCGUCGACGAGAAGUGAUUCGCAUUGCUGAAUAUAUAGAAUAAUAAAUUAUUAUGAUAAAUAUUCUGUAAAACAUACGUAAAAAUCAGCAUUCCGACUUUAGGGAGAGUGAGUAUUGUUUUUAAAAAGAAAGAAUUUUAUUUCUGCAUGCUGUAUGUAAUUUUUUUAUUUUUGUUUUAUCAUAGGUGUUUUUAGCAUCUGCUGAUACCUAUGAAUUGGCCGUCGGCACAAACUAGCAGAUAUGCGUACAUUAAAAAAAUGAUUCCGACGAAUUGAGAACCCUCCACCUUUUUUGAAGUCGGUUAAAAACUAUACACUAGAAAUUCAAAUUAAUAACUUAGGUCCACCUAUAAUACUUAUUUGUACACACAAUACACAGUAUGAUACUAUUUAAACAAAUAGUUGUGUGCACACAGUUAUAAUUCUCCUAUUCAUUCCUUUGUACACGAAACUAAAACUAAAAUUUUGACUAAACUAAAAUUAAUAAUAAUACCUAGAAAAUAAAUAAUGUCUGGCGAUUCUGGGAUCUUGCUCUUUAAUCAUUGUGAAUUAAUUUUAAUGUGAAAAUAAAAUAAUUUAUUUACAACAUUUUAGCUAUAUUAUGUUCAAAUUGCUGAGAGAAACGAUUUGCUUCGAUAUACUCGUAGUUCGAGCAGGCCGGUGAAGUGGCAGCGGUGUAAUAUUAUUUUGAUUCAUUUUCGUUCAUUGCUGUUUUGAGUAGUGAACACCGGAUCUUAAGUUAGUUAUCGAUGUUUUCUAGUCCAGGGAAUAACUCUGCGAGCCUCGUCAUCGGCCUCUGAACCUUUGUGAUGGUGUAUCUUUUUCCGUUAUAAAGACUUAUUUUGAAGUUUUACUGGAAUCCUGACUUAGCGUGUGUAACGAGUUAUUUUACCUAUUUUAGCGAAUGAAAGGAACGAGUUAAUUUCUUUAAAUAAAGCUCAAUGUUGAAA